AUGGAGGGACUCGUCUUUGCUAUCACUGCGUCAGCCAGCGGAAUUGGGCUCGGCAUCGCCUUGGAGGCGGCCAAGCAGGGGGCCGUGGUUAUCGUCUCCUCCCGCAACCAGGCCCACGUCGACUCUGCUCUCGAACUGGUCCGCAGGCACAGUCCCAAGUCCGUCGGAGUGGUCUGCCAUGUGGGUAAAGCCGCAGACCGGCAGAGAAUGGUCGAGCUGGCCCUGACGACCUUCGGGCGGAUCGACGCACUGGUGCUCAAUGCAGCCAGCGAAGCGCAGGUCAGCAAAAUGUGGGAGAUCAACUAUACGGCCACCUACCGGCUGGCCGUUGAGGCACUGCCCGCCCUCCGCAAGUCCAGCUCGGGCAGCAUCGUCGUCCUGUCCAGCAUUUCCGCCUAUGAGCCACGGGAAACCCGCAUGAUCAGCCAUUACGGGGCCACGAAGGCCGCGCUCCUCCACCUGACCAAGCAGCUGGCCCUUGAACUACCCGAACUCAAGGUGAACGCAGUUGCCCCCGGGAUCAUCAAGACAAGGUUCAGCGAGGGCCUCUGGAAGGGACGGGAGAAGGAGGUGGAGGAGGCCUCCGGUGUGAGGCUGGGCGAGGUGGAGGACGUGGCGAAUGUGGUCCUGUUCCUGGCCCACCCGAAGACCACCUACAUCACUGGCGAGACCAUCAUCGUGGCAGGGAAGCCCUCCCCGCGGCUCUGA